AUGGAAACCAAUAAUCCAAUUUAUCACUGGCUUUCCACUGUUGCGAGCCAGCAACAAAGGAGCCAUCAAGAUGGAGCUGAGAACAAGGAACAAGCGAAGGACACAGCUCCUGUAACGAGCAUACCGCAAACCCGCAUCCCAUUUGAGAUAUCCGAUAAUUUGCGUGGGAAUGGACAUUCAGCUAGCAGGAAGAGAGAUUCAGGCCACAAGGGAACGAAAGCACCAUCUACGCACGAAACCAUACCACGAAGUGAGAGCCAUAAGAGAUCACGACAUAGCUACCAGAUAAGGCCCAGACACAAGACUCGCGAGGAUCGCUAUGAAUACAAAGGCCCAUUAUCGGCGGCGGAGACUCAGUCGCAGUCUCGCAAAGGAAGGACUAGGAAAUCCCGGGGCAGGAAGCACACCAUCAAUGAUGACUUCCAUGCCAUCAAUAUCACAGGAAACAGAUUGACACUGCGCAAAAACAUGAACCUGGGUAUGUUCAGCAAGGGACGGUCUUCGUGUAUAACCAACCACACCGGAAAUACCCCGUCAACCGCUCUUGGGAGACCACCAAGCAUCAAGCCUCAUAAGUGGACCGCAGAAUCCGAUCUUGCCUUUUCCGAGAUGAACUUUCUGUCCCGGAGGAAUAAUCCCAGCCCGUAUCCCACGUCGACCGCCAGAGAUACUCUGGAUAGACAGCACGGGAGAGAGCACCACCCACGAGAGCUACAGUUCGAUUAUCUUGCACAUGACUCCAGAAUCAACAGGUCUCACCUAAGCAACAGGUUUCUUGAUGUGGAACGCCAACUUGACGCCUCAGUCACGCCGCUGUUUCCAUUUGAAAAGGCGCCCGUCAGCGAGAUGUCCGCAGUUUCCGGCCACUCUUGGGGCACUUCCUCUAUGUUCCACAAUAAAAGAAGAAAGACAUCAAAACAGUCAUCAAUUCCAUACACUUGGACUGAGACUGAGAUCGACCACAUGGAACAAAGCGACGCCCUCGAACAACACCUGCUGAGCCUGCUGCAUGUCGGGGUAUAUCCCCAAGCGCUGUGCUCUGAUAUCACAAAUAUUGUCUCGGGCAGACGGUAUUGGAGUCUCGCUGAAUUAUGGGAAUUGUUGGAGGCGAGAAAGGCAUCAUGGUCAAACGAAGCCGACAACAAAAAGCGAACUUCACCCGAAGCGAACAUGGGACAGGUAGCUGCAUCCGAAGCCGUUCCACAGGGGGUUCCCGAGAUCGUUGCAUCAGACACUUUGGAUCUUGCCAAUGUCGGCAGUGUACAAAAUGAAAUAUCCGAACAAUCCCCAGAUUCGAACGUCGCUUGUGAAACGGCCCGCAGUGUGAAUAACAGACCACACCAACAACCUCCAAUUCUCGAGCAACAACAAGACCGAGAACGUCAAGCUUCAGAUAGACCGGACUGUCUAAACCACCAAGUUGCCAUGACAUCAAACAGCCCAGAUCGUUUCAUAGACAUCUGGAGUGAAGAUCAGUGCGAGCCUUUCUCUCACGAAUCGGGAGAGCAUGCAGUAUUGUUUCCUACACCUGCACCGGGGGUCAAACAGCCGCAUAUGUCUGACAUUGAAUUUUAUGAGCUGGAUCGAGUUGAUGAUGAUGAUGAUGAGUUCUAUCGUACGCUGGAUGCUGCUUACUGCGCCAUCGUGCGCCCUGAGGUUGCGGCAGAAGUUGCAUCAAACUUACAGCGGUCACUUGAAUCUCCCGAACUUGGCAAUAAUAUUCCGAAUAGUCCAGAAUCGACUGGCAUUCGGGACUAUGAUAUUCCUACCCGACAGGCAGAGGCGGGAGAACCAGAACAUCUCGCAACGGUCUCCCAGGAUAUCAUAGAAGAGCGGUAUGAUGAGUUCCCAACGGAGCCUUCUCAUCAAACCAAACCACCCACGAGUCAUUCGAUCUAUCCUGGUGUUGACCCGAACAAUGAUAUGCCAUGGCUGACUACUGCAUACGGCCAGCCACUAACUGGAAACGACGCGCAACAGAGUCAGCACCCAGAAAUACCUGACUUCUGGCGACAGAACAAACUCUACUGA